UCAACAAGUGAACCGGAUAGGAUUCCCGGUCGAAGAAACAAACCCCAACUAUUGGUCCCCUUUCCUCUUCUUCGUUUGAAAGAAAGAGCUCAUCCCCUUGACCUUUGUCGCCGACUCCUCGACUCGCUAUUACUCAUUGAACUCGCCUCGCCUUGACUCACUCUCACCAUGGCUUUCCGUUUUUCCACUUAAAACCCCCUUCCUUUCUUCUCAAAGUCUCAUCUUUAAGUCCUUUUUAUUGUUAUUAUUAUUGUUCUGAGAGUUAAAUAGAGAGAGAGAGAGAGAGAGAGAGUAAAAGGGAGAGAUGUAUGUGGCGCCGCCAACCCAAAGAUCGGAUCCGAGUUCCAUCGGCGGCGGACCGGGUGAUUUACGGGUUUACCAAUCCUGGAAAGGCAGCAAUAUAUUUUUAUUUCAAGGGAGGUUUAUAUUUGGACCAGAUGUAAGAUCAUUAGGGCUGACUAUUUUACUUAUAUUAGCUCCAGUCUCCAUUUUCUGUGUAUUUGUUGCUAGGAAAUUGAUGGAUGACUUUUCUCAUCAUUUGGGCAUUUCAAUUAUGGUUGUUGCUGUUGUCUUCACUCUCUAUGAUUUAGUUCUUUUACUGCUAACAUCUGGGAGAGAUCCUGGUAUAAUUCCACGUAAUGCACACCCUCCGGAGCCAGAAAGUUUUGAUGGAAAUGCGGAUGUUGGGGCUGGGCAAACUCCACCAUUACGGUUGCCACGGAUUAAAGAAGUGGAAGUCAAUGGGAUCUCUGUGAAGAUCAAAUAUUGUGACACUUGCAUGCUUUAUAGGCCUCCUCGCUGCUCACACUGUUCGAUUUGCAAUAACUGUGUAGAACGAUUUGAUCACCACUGUCCUUGGGUGGGGCAAUGUAUUGGACUGCGAAAUUAUCGGUUCUUCUUCAUGUUUGUCUUCUCAACAACCCUUCUUUGUAUAUAUGUUUUCGCAUUCAGUUGGGUCUACAUUAGUAGGAUCAUGGCAUCAGAGGACACAACAAUUUGGAAAGCAAUGAUUAAAACCCCGGCUUCCAUUGUUUUAAUAGUUUACACGUUCAUUUCAAUGUGGUUUGUUGGUGGUUUGACUGCCUUCCAUUUGUAUCUAAUCAGUACAAAUCAGACAACGUAUGAGAAUUUCAGAUACCGAUAUGAUCGUCGAGCAAACCCUUAUAACAAAGGAGUGGUUGACAACUUCAAGGAGAUAUUUUGCUCCAGCAUUCCAUCAUCCAAGAACAACUUCAGGGCGAAGGUGCCGAGGGAACCUGUGUUACCAACACGAGCCAGUGGUUUUAUGAGUCCGAAUAUGGGGAAGGCCACGGAUGACAUAGAAAUGGGUAGGAAGACAGUGUGGGUUGAUAAUGGGGCCACCACUGAUGAUUGCGAAGGGCAAUUCACAAGUGAGCGAGUAAAUGUUAAGGAGGGUGAAUUAGGAGAACUAUCACCAGAUUUUAGAAGUACAGUAGAUGGCACGGGUGAGCAUGCCAGUAUUCAUCCCAGGCGAUCUAGUUGGGGUAGAAGAAGUGGUCAAUGGGAAAUGUCUCCUGAAGUUCUUGCUUUGGCAGCUAGAGUGGGGGAACCAAAUCGAGUUAUUGGAAGUAGCAGCGGCCGCAGCAAUUUGACAACCGAAAACCGGCAGACAUAACCAAAGCGGUGAUAUGAGAAAAGGGUUUGACUGCUAAGGUGUGGCUCUUCUUUGAAUCAUGUGUAUGAUGGGGACACAUUUGUUUUUGGCUUUGGCAGGGUGUUUGAAAAGUGUGGGUUUGGCCCUUUGUGCUUUGAGGAAGAAUUGGUGUGUUGUAUCUUGUACGAGAGUGAGUAUGUUUUUUUUUUCAUUAAAAAUUUUAGUGACCUUGUGGAUUCAUUUUAGUGUCUUAUAAUUAGAAGCUGGAUUCAAAUUUGCCCUUGGGUUUCUUUUUGUUUCACUUGUGUAAUUGAAUACUCUACUAGUAAUUACAUACUUGUCAGUUGAUGUUUGCUAAA